AUGCUCUACAAGUAUGCUGCAGACUAUCGGGAUUCUUCAGAACACAAGGAGAAACUCCCCCCACACGUUUUUCAGAUCGCCAACAACACUUACUACCACGUGAGACGGACAACGCAGGACCAGUGCAUUUUGUUCAGCGGUGAAACGGGGAGCGUCACCAUCAAGUCCUUGUUGGAGCUCACCGUCAGCAACCCUGGCAAAAAGGGCUCUAAGCUCGCUACCCAGCUUCCGGCUGCAGAGUUCGUGCUUGAGACGUUCGGAAACGCUCGCACCCUCUUCAAUCCCAACGCAUCCCGCUUCAGAAAGUACACUGAGUUGCAGGUACCGACGACGGCUCAGCGGUGUGAAGACACUCGACUAUUACCUUGA